AUGGAUCCCAUGUUUCCCGGUGGUCACCCACAAUUCAUCAUUGUCCCGCCGGGCUCUGUACCGGUUCCAAUUCUGAAUCAAGUACCAGUGAUGAUGCAAUCAGCACCGUUUCCUGUAUUUGUUCAGCAACCUGUCAUGCCACCACAAGCCGCAGCUGCAGCGCCUAUUCUACAACAAACGACAACAGCAAUGUCAACAGAUUUUAUGUCAGAAGAUCGUUUACAAGAAAAAGCACGUCGUUGGCAGCAAUUGCAAACGAAACGUUAUGCAGAUAAACGACGUUUUGGCUUUUCGGACAUUCAGAAAGAAGAUAUGCCUGCUGAACAUUUGAGAAAGAUCAUUCGUGAUCACGGUGACAUGACCAACAAGAAGUUUCGUCACGAUAAACGUGUCUAUUUGGGAUCGUUGAAGUACAUGCCGCAUGCCGUCUACAAAUUGUUAGAAAAUAUGCCUAUGCCAUGGGAACAAAUCCGUAACGUUAAAGUUCUUUAUCAUAUCACAGGUGCUAUUACCUUUGUCAAUGAAAUUCCUUGGGUAAUUGAACCACAUUUUAUUGCACAAUGGGGAACAAUGUGGAUUAUGAUGCGAAGAGAAAAACGUGAUCGAAGACAUUUCAAACGAAUGCGUUUUCCACCCUUCGAUGAUGAAGAACCGCCAUUAGAUUAUGCCGAUAACAUUCUCGACGUUGAACCAUUGGAAGCAAUUCAAAUGCAGCUAGAUCCCGAUGAAGACAAAGCAAUCUACGACUGGUUUUACGAACACAAACCAUUAACCGAUACGAAAAUGGUCAACGGUACAACAUAUCGACGAUGGCAAUUGACUUUACCUAUCAUGUCCACACUCUAUCGUAUGGGAAAUCAAUUGUUGACUGAUCUUUUGGAUGAUAAUUACUUUUAUCUAUUCGAUCUCAAGUCAUUUUUUACUGCAAAAGCAUUGAAUGUUGCCAUACCCGGUGGUCCAAAAUUCGAACCAUUAGUUAAGGACGUGAAUCCGAAUGAUGAAGAUUGGAAUGAAUUUAAUGAUAUCAAUAAGAUUAUCAUCCGUCAACCUAUUCGUACUGAAUAUCGCAUUGCGUUUCCUUAUCUUUACAAUUCUUAUCCAUUCAAAGUUUAUCUUGCUUGGUAUCAUACACCGAAUGUUGUCUUUAUCAAAACGGAAGAUCCUGAUUUACCAGCAUUCUACUUCGAUCCGUUAAUCAAUCCAAUUGCACAUCGCCAUACAAUCAAACCGGUUGAUACACAAAUUGAAUUACUCAAUGACGACAUCGAUGAAGAAUUUGUUCUUCCGGAAGAAUUCGAGCCAUUACUAACCGGUGUUCCUCUGUAUACAGAUAAUACUGCCAAUGGUAUUGCAUUAUUAUGGGCGCCACGUCCAUUCAAUCUUCGUUCCGGCCGAACACGCCGUGCCAUUGAUAUUCCAUUAGUCAAAACUUGGUAUCGUGAACAUUGUCCAAGUGAACAUCCUGUCAAAGUUCGUGUAUCGUAUCAAAAAUUAUUAAAAUGUUUUGUUCUCAAUGCUUUACAUCAUCGUAAACCGAAACCACAGAAGAAACGUUACCUAUUCCGAUCAUUCAAAUCGACCAAAUUCUUUCAAUCGACCACACUCGAUUGGGUUGAAGUCGGUCUUCAAGUUUGUCGUCAAGGUUAUAACAUGUUGAAUCUUUUAAUCCAUCGUAACAACUUGAAUUAUCUUCAUUUGGAUUACAACUUCAACUUGAAACCGGUAAAAACUCUAACGACAAAAGAACGAAAGAAAUCUCGAUUUGGAAAUGCAUUCCAUUUAUGUCGAGAAAUUUUACGUUUGACAAAAUUAAUCGUCGAUAGUCAUGUUCAAUACCGGUUAGGUAACGUCGAUGCUUUUCAAUUGGCCGAUGGAUUACAAUAUGCAUUUGCACAUGUUGGUCAAUUAACAGGAAUGUACCGUUACAAAUACAAAUUAAUGAGACAAAUUCGUAUAUGUAAAGAUUUGAAACAUAUUAUCUAUUAUCGAUUCAAUACGGGACCAGUUGGCAAAGGACCUGGUUGUGGUAUUUGGACGCCCGGUUGGCGUGUUUGGUUAUUUUUCCUACGUGGUGUAACACCAUUAUUAGAACGUUGGUUAGGUAAUCUCCUAUCACGUCAAUUCGAAGGUCGUCAUUCGAAAGGCAUCGCAAAAACUGUGACAAAACAACGUGUCGAAUCUCAUUACGAUUUAGAAUUACGUGCCGCCGUCAUGCACGAUAUUUUGGAUAUGAUGCCCGAAAGUAUUAAACAAAACAAGGCACGAACUAUCCUUCAACAUUUAAGUGAAGCAUGGCGUUGUUGGAAAGCAAACAUUCCAUGGAAAGUUCCUGGAUUACCUAUUCCGAUUGAAAAUAUGAUCUUACGUUAUGUUAAAGCUAAAGCCGACUGGUGGACAUCGACAGCACAUUACAAUCGCGAACGUAUUCGACGUGGUGCCACAGUGGAUAAAACAGUUUGCAAGAAAAAUUUAGGUCGACUGACACGUCUUUAUCUCAAAGCUGAACAAGAACGACAACAUAAUUAUCUCAAAGAUGGUCCGUAUAUAACAGCAGAAGAGGCUGUUGCGAUUUAUACAACCGUUGUACACUGGCUCGAAUCGCGACGCUUUUCACCAAUACCAUUUCCACCGUUAGCUUACAAACAUGAUACAAAAUUACUUAUUUUAGCAUUAGAACGUUUGAAAGAAACCUACAGUGUAAAAUCGAAAUUAAAUCAAUCUCAACGUGAAGAGUUGGGUUUAAUUGAACAAGCUUAUGAUAAUCCACACGAAGCCCUAUCACGUAUAAAACGUCAUCUCUUGACCCAACGUGCAUUUAAAGAAUGUGGCAUUGAAUUCAUGGAUCUCUACAGUCAUUUGACACCCUGCUAUGACGUUGAACCACUGGAGAAGAUCACUGAUGCUUAUCUCGAUCAAUACCUAUGGUAUGAAGCUGACAAACGCCGACUUUUUCCGGCUUGGACUAAACCAGCUGAUAGUGAACCACCACCACUACUUGUUUAUAAAUGGUGUCAAGGCAUCAACAAUCUUCAAGAUAUAUGGGAUACAAAUGAAGGUGAAUGCAAUGUCAUGUUAGAAACACGGUUCGAGAAACUCUAUGAAAAGAUUGAUUUGACCUUACUCAAUCGUCUACUUCGUCUGAUCGUCGAUCAUAAUAUUGCUGACUAUAUGACAGCGAAGAACAAUAUCGUAUUAAAUCAUAAAGAUAUGAAUCACGUGAAUUCUUAUGGAAUUAUUCGUGGCUUACAAUUUGCUUCAUUUAUUGUUCAAUUCUAUGGUCUUGUACUCGAUUUAUUAGUCUUGGGCUUACAACGCGCAUCAGAUAUGACUGGUUUGCCACAAGCUCCGAAUGAUUUCUUGACUUAUCAAGAAGUCGCCAUCGAAACAGCACAUCCCAUUCGACUUUAUUGCCGAUACAUUGAUCGUAUCCAUAUCUUCUUCCGAUUUACCGCUGAAGAAGCACGUGACUUGAUUCAACGUUAUCUGACUGAACAUCCUGAUCCGAAUAAUGAAAAUAUCGUUGGUUACAAUAAUAAAAAAUGUUGGCCACGUGAUGCUCGUAUGCGUCUAAUGAAACAUGAUGUUAAUCUUGGUCGUGCCGUGUUUUGGGAUAUUAAAAAUCGUAUACCACGCUCAGUAACAACAGUUCAAUGGGAGACAAGUUUUGUAUCCGUAUAUUCGAAAGAUAAUCCCAAUCUAUUAUUCAACAUGUGUGGCUUCGAAUGUCGCAUUUUGCCGAAGAUACGUAUGACACAUGAAGAGUUCGUUCAUCGUGAUGGUGUUUGGAAUUUACAAAAUGAAACAACAAAAGAGCGAACAGCACAAUGUUUCCUUCGUGUCGAUGAUGAAUCGAUGAGUCGUUACCACAAUCGUAUUCGACAAAUUCUCAUGGCAUCAGGUUCAACAACAUUUACGAAAAUCGUCAAUAAAUGGAAUACAUCCCUAAUUGGUUUAAUGACUUAUUUUCGAGAAGCCGUUGUCAACACUCAAGAAUUACUAGAUUUAUUAGUUAAAUGUGAAAAUAAAAUUCAAACACGUAUUAAAAUUGGCUUAAACUCGAAAAUGCCGACUCGAUUUCCACCAGUAGUUUUCUAUACACCAAAAGAAUUAGGUGGAUUAGGUAUGUUAUCGAUGGGCCAUGUCUUAAUCCCUCAAUCGGAUCUCCGAUGGUCGAAACAAACUGAUGUUGGUAUUACACAUUUCCGAUCUGGUAUGAGCCACGACGAAGAUCAAUUGAUUCCUAACUUAUAUCGAUACAUCAUGCCAUGGGAAGCAGAAUUCAUCGAUUCCCAACGUGUCUGGGCAGAAUAUGCACUCAAACGACAAGAGGCCAAUACACAAAACAAACGGUUAACAUUAGAAGAUUUAGAAGAUUCUUGGGAUCGUGGUAUUCCUCGUAUCAAUACAUUAUUUCAGAAAGAUCGACACGUACUCGCUUACGAUAAAGGCUGGCGUGUACGAACAGACUUUAAGCAAUUUCAAAUUCUGAAACAAAAUCCAUUCUGGUGGACACAUCAACGACAUGAUGGAAAACUGUGGAAUUUGAACAAUUACCGUACCGAUAUGAUUCAAGCAUUAGGUGGUGUUGAAGGUAUCCUCGAGCAUACCUUGUUCAAAGGAACUUAUUUCGCAACAUGGGAAGGUCUGUUUUGGGAAAAAGCAUCGGGCUUCGAAGAAUCGAUGCGUUGGAAGAAACUUACCAAUGCUCAACGUUCCGGUUUGAAUCAGAUUCCAAAUCGACGAUUUACUCUAUGGUGGAGUCCAACGAUCAAUCGUGCAAAUGUCUAUGUUGGUUUUCAAGUUCAACUUGAUUUAACUGGAAUCUUUAUGCAUGGAAAGAUCCCAACAUUGAAAAUUUCCCUAAUUCAAAUCUUUCGGGCGCAUUUAUGGCAAAAAAUUCACGAAAGUGUUGUCAUGGAUCUUUGUCAAGUAUUUGAUCAAGAAUUGGAUGCAUUAGAAAUCGAAACUGUCCAAAAAGAAACAAUCCAUCCUCGUAAAUCCUACAAAAUGAAUUCCUCUUGUGCCGAUAUUCUUCUCUUCGGACAAAACAAAUGGCAUGUCAGCAAACCAUCCUUAUUAGCUGAUUCCAAGGAUGUCAUGGAUAAUACAGGUUCUCAAAAAUACUGGCUAGACGUUCAGUUACGUUGGGGUGAUUAUGAUUCUCACGAUGUCGAACGUUAUGCCCGUGCCAAAUUUCUCGAUUAUACCACCGAUAAUAUGUCUAUUUAUCCGUCGCCAACAGGUCUAUUAAUUGCUCUUGAUUUAGCUUACAACUUACAUAGUGCAUUUGGUAACUGGUUCCCCGGUUGUAAACCAUUGAUUCAACAAGCAAUGGCCAAGAUAAUGAAAGCCAAUCCAGCUUUGUACGUCUUGCGUGAGCGUAUACGUAAAGGUUUGCAAUUGUAUUCAUCUGAACCGACUGAACCAUACUUGUCAUCACAAAACUAUGGUGAAUUAUUUUCCAAUCAAAUUAUUUGGUUUGUCGAUGAUACAAAUGUCUAUCGAGUUACCAUUCACAAGACUUACGAAGGAAAUUUAACAACCAAACCGAUCAAUGGCGCUAUUUUCAUCUUCAAUCCACGUACUGGACAAUUGUUCUUGAAAAUUAUUCAUACAUCCGUUUGGGCAGGACAAAAACGUUUGGGUCAGUUAGCCAAAUGGAAAACAGCUGAAGAAGUUGCAGCUUUGAUCCGUUCGUUGCCUGUGGAAGAGCAACCCAAACAAAUUAUCGUUACGCGAAAGGGUAUGCUGGAUCCCUUGGAAGUUCAUUUACUCGACUUUCCAAAUAUUGUUAUCAAAGGUAGCGAAUUGCAAUUACCAUUUCAAGCUUGUCUUAAAGUCGAAAAAUUCGGUGAUUUAAUCUUAAAGGCAACAGAACCACAAAUGGUUAUGUUUAAUCUUUACGAUGAUUGGCUGAAAUCGAUAUCUUCAUACACGGCAUUUUCACGUUUAAUUCUUAUCCUCAAAGCAUUACACGUCAAUAACGACCGUGCAAAGAUGAUUUUGAAACCAGACAAAACGACAGUUACUGAAAUCCACCAUAUUUGGCCAACAUUAACAAACGACGAAUGGAUUAAAGUUGAAGUUGCAUUGAAAGAUCUCAUCUUAGCUGAUUAUGGCAAGAAGAAUAAUGUCAACGUUGCGUCAUUGACUCAGAGUGAAAUCCGUGAUAUUAUCUUGGGUAUGGAAAUUAGCGCGCCAAGUGCCCAGCGUCAACAGAUUGCUGAAAUUGAAAAACAAACAAAAGAUACGUCGCAAGUAACUGCUACAACGACGGAAAGUGUGAACAAAUUUGGUGAUAGAAUCGUUACGACCACGACAAGCAAUUAUGAAACACAAACAUUCGCAUCGAAAACCGAAUGGCGUAUUCGAGCGAUCUCAGCAACGAAUCUACAUUUACGUACCAAUCAUAUCUAUGUUUCAUCGGAUGAUAUCAAAGAAACAGGCUAUAGAUAUAUUUUACCUAAAAACAUUCUCAAGAAGUUCAUUGUCGUGUCCGAUCUUCGAACUCAAAUUGCCGGUUAUCUGUACGGUGUUAGUCCACCGGAUAAUCCACAAGUUAAAGAAAUUCGCUGCGUUGUUCUACCACCACAAUGGGGUACGCAUCAAACGGUUCAUCUGCCCAAUCUAUUACCACAACAUGAAUAUCUCAAAGACAUGGAACCACUCGGAUGGAUACAUACUCAACCAAACGAAUUGCCUCAGUUAACACCACAGGAUAUCACUACUCACGCAAAAGUUAUGAGUGAUCAUACAUCAUGGGAUGGAGAAAAAACAAUCAUUAUCACUUGUUCAUUCACGCCAGGCUCAGUUUCUUUAACAGCUUAUAAACUAACACCAACCGGGUAUGAUUGGGGUCGAUCAAAUACCGAUCGAGGAAACAAUCCCAAAGGAUACGCACCAUCACAUUAUGAAAAGGUCCAAAUGCUUCUAUCCGACCGUUUUCUUGGAUUCUUCAUGAUUCCCGGUCAAGGUUCAUGGAAUUACAAUUUCAUGGGUGUUCGUCAUGAUGCGAAUAUGAAAUAUGACAUCAUCUUAGCCAAUCCAAAAGAAUUCUACCACGAAAUUCAUCGUCCAUCGCAUUUUCUUAAUUUUGCAUCUGAAGAGAAUUCUGACACAUACGCGGCUGAUCGCGAAGAUCGAUUAAGUUAA